AUGCUUGAAAUCGCCGAGCACCCUAAAGUAUCUCUGGUACAUGAUCGCCCACUCAAUGCGACUUUGGAUGGCGCCGUGGACUUCAUUUUUGAUAUACGUCAAGAUAAAGAGGACUCUGGCUUGUGUCAGGAGUUAAAGGAGAGCAUACAGUCCGCGUGCUCAAUGAAAACCGCCAUGCCCGACCUUCUUCUGUGGGACGAAGAAGGCCUGCGCCGCUUUGAGGACAUCACACGCUCGACUAAUUAUUAUUUGACCAAUGCAGAAAUUCACAUUCUGAACGAAAACGGCGGCAAUCUUCGCAAGACAAACAUCAUUCUCCAAGCUCUUGAUGAAUUGGGAUAUGAAGUCGGCUAUUUUGCUCUCGACGUGUCGCUUCCCGAGCUCCGGCGUACGCUGCGACAGUUACCAACUGUGUCAUUCAAACAUGUUCGAUGUUUCGGUCUUUUGGGAACGUAUGACGAUGGCCGCAGAUGGCUACAACAGCCGGCCAUUCUUGAACGCCAGAAAACAAUCUUGAGCCUGGGUUCCACUCUUGGUAGCUUUUCGAGACGUGGGUGCGCGGAGUUCCUAUCAAGCUUCCUUCAGCCGCACUCAUCUGGCAAGCAUACACAACCUUCAUUUCUUGUUGGCUUGGAUGGUUGUAAAGACGCUAGGAAGGUAUACGAAGCUUACAAUGACCCUCAAGGCCUGAAUCGAAAAUUCAUCAAACAUGGGCUAGAGAGAGCAAAUGAGCUUCUCGGGUCCAAUGCCUUCGACCUUAGCAAAUGGGAUGUUGCUGGCUAUUGGGACGAGCACAAAGGCCGUCAUGAACAGAACUAUAUCGCACUCACGACAGUCGAGCUGAAUGGUAUUCCCAUCGUCGCGAAUCAGACCUUGCGCGCUACUUGGAGCCACAAAUACGAUGGGGAUGAUCUUGCCGCGUUGUGCCGAGACGCGGGGCUCCAAGUCGUCAACAAGUGGUCUUCUGCAGAGCAGUAUUCUGUGUGCUAUCUGUGUCCAACUGAAGAAGAUACGGACAGAGAGGAUGUAGGUUUGGGGCAUGUUUGA